AUGAACUGUUCUAUUGUUCCAUGUAUAGUUUACAAUGUGCAGACCUCCAUUUCAUUUAUAUCAGAAAUCAUUCUAUGCGCUAGUAGCCCAUGCCUUAGUGGUAGCACCUGCAUUGAGGAGUCUGGACAGUAUGUCUGCCUCUGUGCACCGGGUCAUGAAGGUACCCACUGUGAGACUGAAACCCUGGAGUGCUUUUCAAACCCUUGUCUAAAUGGAGCGACUUGCUUGGACUUGAUUGAUGGUUAUGAAUGUAGAUGUGCAUCAGGAUGGAUAGGACCUGACUGUGGCACAGAGAUACAGGAAUGCGCAAGCAAUCCUUGUUUGAAUAGAGCAAUAUGUGCAGAAAUGGUGGAUGGCUACCAAUGCAUCUGCUUCGUUGGUUGGACAGGAGAUGACUGCGGAACGGAAGUCGUAGAAUGUCUCAGUGAUCCCUGCUUGAAUGGGGGAACCUGCCUGGAUUUCGUGAAUGGAUACGAGUGUCGAUGUAAUGACGGAUGGACAGGUAGGCAUUGUGAAACUGACAUCAUGGAAUGCCUAAGCAUACCCUGUCUGAACGAUGGGACAUGUACCGAUCUCCUCAAUGGAUUCACCUGUCAAUGUAACAGCGGUUGGACUGGUCCCACUUGUAACGAGGACAUUGAAGAAUGUGCCAGUAACCCAUGUGUUAAUGGUGCCACUUGCAUUGACCUGACUAAUGAAUACAACUGUCAGUGUGCCCCAGGAUGGACUGGUACAGCCUGUGAGGUUGAAGUACAGGAAUGUUCUAGCCAACCAUGCCAAAAUGAUGGAACCUGUUUGGAUUUGAUUGAUUCCUAUGCUUGCCUGUGUGCUCCUGGUUGGAUGGGGAAUCAGUGCGAGAAUGACAUCUUGGAGUGCUCUAGUGAACCUUGUCUGAAUGGAGCAACCUGUAUAGAGCUCCAAGAUGGCUACCAAUGCGAAUGCUCAAAUCAUUUCAGAGGAACCAACUGUGAAUUGGGUACUUAUGCAUGA